CAACGCCGCCGUCCUCGACGGCGUCAAAUCGACCCUCCUCGGCUGCCUGCUGUUCCUCGACUCGGGGGACCUGCUGGCCGAAUGGCGCCGCGCCGCCCCCGGCAGCGCCGCCGCGCAGGCCGCGGAGCUCCUGGUGGGCCCCUCCCGCAGCCCGGGCUCUGGCUCACCGCCCCAUUCGAACGCGUCCGUUGCAGCUGCUGCCGCGGCCGCGGCGGCGCUGCGAGACCCGCACCCGGCGCUGCAGCUGCUGCUAUCGCUGGACGCGCCGGCGGCGGUGGCGGUGCUCGCAGAGGCGACGCGGGGGUGGGACGCGGUGGAGACGGACCUGCGGGCAGCUGCCGGGAAGCCGGCGGAGCAGCUGGGGAGGGUGCGAGUCGCGACGCAGGUGGUGGUGGAUGCUAUUGUGGCCCUGCUGGAGGCAGGCAGCCUGCAGGGGUCCCCAGACGACGGCGGCGAUGGCGGCAAAGGCGUUGGCGGCAGCGGCGCCGCGGUGGCAAUGGACUUUGCCGCCCGCCUCGCCGCCGCCGGCCGCGUCACCGUCAGCCCCGCCUUCGCGGCGCGCCUGCUGCGCCACCUCGCGUCGUCCGGCGCGGCGACGGGCGCCGGCGGCGCGGUUGAGGCGGAGGAGCGCUUUGUGGCGGCGCUGCAGAAUGUGGGGGUCAACGCGCCGGGGGAGAGGUUUGACCAGGAGAAGCUUGAUCUGCAGCAAUCCGACGCCGUCCUCGACGCCGCGGAGCGCGCCGGCAUGCUGCGCGCCGCCGCGACGCUGCACCACCUCCGCGGCGACUACGCUUCCGCCCUCGCCGCCUACCUCCGCCGCCCCGCCGCCGCCGGCCUCUUCGACUACGCCAGCCGCUGGCUCUCAGACUCGACCCUGCCGCCGCCGGCGCGCGCCGCUUUCACGACCGCCCUGCGCGGCCACGCGGCCGCGCUCGUCGCCGCCGACGCGGCCGCGGCCGCGGCGCUGCUGGCGCGGUGGCUGCCUGGAGAGCAGCUGCCCAUGCUGCGCGCGCUGGGGGGCGCGCCGUGCCUCCAAUUCGCGUUCCUACGCGCCGCGUUCGCUGAGCAAGAGCGGGCCGCGCUCUCUGCGCUCAGGGGCGGCGCCGGCUCGCGCGCAGACCGCGACGCCAGCGGCGGGGGCGCCGGCGAUCUGCGCCGGAGGCAGUCGCAGCCCGGCGGUGCCGCCGGGGCUACGGGCGGCAGCGCGCAGCAGCUCGACGCCCCCGAGGUUGUCGAUCUGUACGUCCGCCUGCUCUGCGAGUUCGCGCCGUCCGAGGUUCUGCCGUUCCUCCAGGGCGGCGCCCAGUCGUACGACGUGCGCGCCGCCAUCCGGCACUGCGCAGCGGCGGGGGUAGGGGACGCCGAGGCGUACCUGCACGAGCGGCUGGGGGACCUGGCAUCUGCCAUGAAGCUGUACCUGGAAGCCGCGGCCGCCUGCAGCGACGCCAUGGAGCGCGCCGUUCAAGGCGGCGGCGCGCCGGCGGCGGAGCUGCCGCCGUCGCUUGCGGCGGCGCUCGCGGCGGCGGCAGGCGGCGGCGGCGGGCUUGGGCCGCUGGGCGUCAGCGGCGGCGGCGGCGGCGCUGGCUCCAGGGGCGGCGGAGGGGACGUGGAUGGGGAAGGGGGCCAGCCGGGGGAGUGGGCCGCGGCGCUGGCGCUGGUGGCGUGGCUGCAACGGGAGCUUGGCUUGCCAGGCGCGGGGCAUCUGACCUCGCCCGCAGCGGCGCCCAACAGUGUGUCAGCCCAGCUGCCACCACAGCAGCAGCAGCAGCAGCAGCAGCAAGCAAUUGCGCUGUCGCCGGUGACAAAACCCCUGCAGCUGAUUCAGCAGCAGCAGCAGCAGCAGCAGCCCGCGCUCACUGCGGCGCAGCGCCGCAAGGCCGCGCUGCCGGGGCGACGGGCAAAGCAGCCGGCCAACGCCGACGCACGCUUGGCCGCGCAGGGCACCAAGCCAGAGGCCGCAUCACCAGCAUUGACAGCAACAGAUGCCGAAGAGGAGGAUCCCGAGGCUGCGGCGGCGCUGGCCGCGUCUCACCUCAUCCGCGGCGACCUGCACCUGCAGUGGAUAGCCAAACUGUCUCCGAGGGCGCGCCUGCACCGCUCGCGAUCCAACGGCGCCGCGGGCCCCGCCGGCGCGGCGGCGGCGGCGGAGGAGGGCGUGCCGGCCGACGUCGCGGCGGCUUGGAGGGCGGCGGCGGCGGCCGUGAACUUCUGCAAACGCAGCAGCAAGGACGCAGCCGGGCGCGGCCCGGCAGCCGCGGGGUCGACCCACACUGGCGGCGACGCCCAGGCGCGCGAGCUGGGCGCGGCGCAGGCGGCGUGGUUUGCGGUGCUGGACGCCUUCGUAUCGCGCCUGCGCCGCCUGAAGCUGCAGCGCGACGGGGACCGCGGCUGCGCGGCCGAGGGGCCUGACAGGGGCGGCGGCGUCGGCGGCGGCGACGCGGGCGGGCAGGGCGCCUUGCCGCAGGGCAAGAGCCAGCAGCAGCAGGAGCAGCAGCAGCAGCGACACCAUCAGCAGCUUCGGAGACAGCAGCAGCAGCAGCCGCGACCGCAGCAUCACCAGGGCCCAGCUGCGUGGGCGGCGCCCGACGCAGAGCUGGAGUGGGCCCUCUCUGCCCUGCAGUCCGCGCUGCCCGCCGCCGCCGCCGCUGUCCCUGAGGAUCCCGCCCCUGCCCCGCCCGCGCCGCGGCGCCCGCUGCCCGACGCGCUGCGCUCGGCGGCUGCGGCGCUCGCGCGCCGCGCGCUACGCGACCUGUACACCGCCCUGGUCGACGAGGUGAUCUCCGCCAUGGCGGACCACGUGCCCCUGAUGGACAUCGUUGCUAGGGUCUUGGAACGCCACGGGCAGGAGUCCUUUGGAGAGUUCCGCCCGACGCUGCUGGGCCUGUUUGGCGCGUGCGCGUACGAGCGCGCGAUCAUGGCCGCCGCAAACAGCCUGGUCACGAAGGACGCGUUCCGCCAG